UAUUGAGCGCGUAUCACAUGAUAUCGAUCUCAAGUUCAGGAUCUCAAGUAAACGUCCUAAUUGAGUGAACUAUAGACCGAACGAAUCAACGUUUCGUUCUUGCUUAAAAAAAAUAUUUCGGUUUAGGGCUUCAAACAUAUUAAAAAUUGUUCAAUUAUUUACUAAAAUAUAAAAAUUAUUAUAAUUCAUACGUACGUUAUUUAAUUUUUUUAUAAAAAUGGUCAUUUAACGUUUUAGAAAUAAUUUGUUAUGAUUUCAAAACGCAAUGCGUAGUGAAAACGAAACGCAACAAACAUCAUUGUCAAAAAAAAAAUAUACGCGUCCUUCGCAACCACUUGUUUUGUUUAUCAAUAAUAAACGUAAAGUAAUUAUUUUCCACAACGAUGACAACAAUUAUAUUUUUACUCUCCUCGAGAAGAAAACUUUUUUGGAUAUUUUGAAAAGAUACUCCUCGGUGAUAGAGAAUAAGGAUACCGAUGGCGCUUCAAUACGCGCAAAAAAUGAAGCUUGGGAUAUUGUAACCAGAGAAUACAACGCAAGCCCUCAUGCCACUAAUCAGGUUACUAAUAAACAACUGAGGAGAUUGUGGAUGAACCUCAAGCAGCGGCAAAGGGAAGCAGAACGUCAACAUCGGCUAGCUACUGGAGGGGGGCCUGCAACCAGUGAUGCAGUUGUAGACCCAGAUGUGUCUGAGGUGGCCCCAGCUCUAAUAGUUGGUAUUGAUGAUGCUGUUGACUCUGGUACAAUUCCAGUAACCGCUGACCUUGCCGUCCAAGAAGUAAAUAUGGACUCGCAGCCCGUCUCUUAUCUUGCACCACUUGCUGCCCCAACCCGGACAACAUUGACACCACCUCCACCUGGAGUAGGUCCACUACUGUCUCUGUCUAUAUCUACCCCACUACCAGCUCUCCCCACAGCCACUCCACCACCACCACCUCUUCCUCCAUCCACUCCACCACCACGUCUUCCAACCCCACCUCUUAUUAACCCAUCAAAUACAGCCACCCAAACUUUUCAAAGGCAUAAGAGUUCUAUUCUGGAUAAGGAAUAUAAAGACAGACAGAGACGGGCUAACGAGAUUCAUGACUUGGAGGUUUUAUUAUUAAGAGAAAGAAUAAGAGAAGCAAAGGCGAAAGCAGACCUUGCAGAACUUCAACUGCAGCAGCAGUGUUCCUCAGAUAGUGCAACUGAUGGCAGAAGAGAGGAUGUGGCAUAAUAUAAUAAAUGGAAUAUUGUUAAUUUAUGAAAUAAAAGCAUAUAAGUCAAUAUAUAAAA